CGCGCCGCCUCCCCGGGCAGCAUCCCGCAGCAGGUGGACUUCUACUCGCGCUUCUCCCCCUCGCCGCUCUCCAUGAAGCAGUUCCUGGACUUCGGAUCUGAAAAUGCUUGCGAAAAGACUUCAUUUAUGUUUCUGCGACAAGAGUUGCCUGUGAGAUUGGCAAACAUAAUGAAGGAAAUAAGCCUGCUUCCAGACAACCUCCUAAGAACACCUUCAGUUCAGCUGGUGCAGAGCUGGUAUGUUCAGAGUCUUCAGGAGAUCCUUGACUUUAAGGACAAAAGCUCAGAAGAUUCAGGAGCUGUUCACAGUUUCACAGAUACUGUGAUAAAAAUCCGGAAUCGACACAAUGAUGUAAUUCCUACGAUGGCUCAAGGAGUAAUAGAGUACAAGGAAAGCUUUGGCAUUGAUCCAGUGACCUCACAGAAUGUGCAGUAUUUUUUAGACCGUUUCUACAUGAGUCGCAUUUCAAUUAGAAUGCUCCUUAAUCAACACUCUUUACUGUUUGGUGGGAAAAUUAAUCCAGCUCAUCCAAAACACAUUGGAAGCAUUGAUCCUAACUGCAAUGUUGUUGAAGUUAUUAGAGAUGGCUAUGAAAGUGCCAAGAGACUUUGUGAUUUAUAUUACACGAGCUCUCCAGAACUCAUCCUUGAAGAGUUGAAUG